CGCUAGCGACUUUGCGAUGAUGGCUGGAUUGACGCUGGGUUCUGUCGCCGCUGGCACGCCCAUGCAAGGCUUUGCCCCAUCACACCAAGACAACAUGAACGGAGAGUACCCGCUCUCAAAGACGCCCGGCGGGAAGGCCAGCCACAUCAAGCGAUUCGCCGACUAUCCCGGCGGCGUCGAGUCAUUUGAGGUUUAUUCGCCGCCGAUGACCACUCUCUACUCGCAGGUCUGGUGGUCGCCCCUCCCGCCUGUCGACCUGCCGGCCGACAUCGUCCGGCGCUACAACGGGACGGCGAUGGCGCUGGUCGGAUGGGAAGUCGAUCAAGUGCGCCGCACGUCUGAGGGCGUGGAGAAAUCCGUGCCGAUGAGCGCGUCAUACAACCACCACUGGGACAGCUGGCUGAUCGGCGCCGAGGCGCGUGUGCGCAAGGUCUCCCUCUCCGGCCCAGACGACCCGGCCGCCGCGGAUCUCGCUGGCCGUCGCUCCGGCUGCGGCGCGGAGCUGCCUUGGGACCAGCCGCAGUACGUCGUGGAGGGGCCGGAGUGGUCGGUGCGAGGCCACCCCACGCACGCCGCCCUGACGUCCGGGAACGGCGGCGAGUUCCGCAAGACGCUGCACGGCUUCGCACCGGGGUACGCGCUCGUCGUCGACUCGCCCGCCCAGCUCCAGAUCACGCCCAUGAACAUCGACACGUGGAACCGCGAGGCCAUGGACCUCACCGGGCCGGUGCCUCCCCCGUUUGUGGCGGGGCCGCUGCCGCGCGCCUCGCUCGCCCCUAAAGGCGCGCAGCACAGCGGCUUGCUCGAGUGCCCGAUGACGACACGGCUGACCAAGGCUGUGGACAGCGCGACC